AUGGACAAAAAUAAAUUUAAUUUUCGUGGUGAAAAUUUUGCUGAAUCAGUAAAAGAACAUUAUAUAAAACAAGAAGAUGCUGAAAAAAAAAGGAAACAAUACAGAUAUUGGAUUUUUGCAAUAGGAAUACUUGGUAUUUUUUAUUUUUUAAUGACAUCAAUAAAAAUUCCACAACAUAAUAAAUUUAUUUCUAAAAACGAUAUUGAAAAAUUUGUUAAUAAAACAAAGUCAAAUUUUGUUAAAGCUGAUAAUUGUAGUAAAUGUUUUAGUCAAUUAAAUGAAAAUAAUUUUUUAGGAAAACAUUCAAAUUUUCGUGUUAAUAUUAAAGAGCUUUGUAAAUGGGAUGACCAAAACAUAACUAUUGAAACUCCAGAAUUUCCGGUUUCUGUUAUUUUUAAAGCUACAAAUAAUCUUGUUAUUUUUGAAACUGAAUUAAAUUUGAUCUAUCAUCCAAAACAUUUUUAUUGUAUUAUUAUUGAUGAUAAAAAUAUUUCUGAUGUUAUUAGAAAAUAUAUAUUGAGAAUGAGUCAAUGUUUACCUAAUAUUUUUGUAACAAAUAAAAGAGACAACAUCAGAGGUCAUGGAUUAGAAUGUUUAGAUAUUCUAAUUCAUUAUAAAUGGAAUUAUACAAUUAUAUUUAAUGAAAAUGAUAUACCAAUAAAAAGUAUAAAGGAAAUAAUCAAAGAUUUAAAACUUUUAAAUGGAACAUCUGAUGUUCCAAUAUAUUCUAUUUAUUCUAAGAAUAUUUUAGCUUCUCAACAAAAUACUUAUAGUACAAUUGGUAUAUUUAAGGACAAAAAUAUACUUAUUAAUAAUAAUUAUAUUCGAGAUAAAGAAUUAAUGAUAGCAAGAACAAUUGUUUCAAUAACAUUGUCACGAGAUGAUGUAGAUUAUUAUUAUAAUUAUUUAGAUAAUGAUAAUUAUAUUAAAUUUAUAAAUUUAAAUUCUAUAAUAAGAAAAAAUAAUGUUUUUUGGCCUACAUUACUUGCAAAUAAGGAACUAAACUUUCCAUCACAUAAUAUUAAAUUACAAAAUAGUCCUUUUAUAAAUAUAGGAUUUUUAAGCUUUAUGAAAAACAAAACAUACUGA